AUGAAUACUAUAAGCAAUUGUGAAUUAGCAAUAGGUAUAAUUGACAAAGGAGAAAUCUUAAAUAUCAAUAGUCCGUCAAGUAUUCUAAACAAAUCAAAAGUAACCUUACUAUUACAAAGUACUUUAACACAUAAUUAUAAUUAUACUGUAGAAAUAAAACAGAAAGAAACUUCUGAAUGUCAUUUUGAGUCAAAUCCAAAUGAUCAUGUGUUUUUAAGUAUUAAUUUUUGUUUACCUCAAAUAAUUUCUGGUAUAUUAAAGUCAAAUGAUAAUUUUUAUAUUCUUUCAAACAAAUCCGGUUAUAGCGAUAUCUUUCAAUUAACGACUAAUUCAAUUAUUCCUUGUCCUUCAUUUCAUAAAAAUAGACAUAAACGACAAUCUUCUAAAAAAAAUAAUUUUGUAAGAAAACCUGAUUACUAUGAUAAUUAUAUAAGUGAUAAAAAAAGAUAUGUUGAACUUGGAUUAAUUGCCGAUAAUUCAAUAUAUAUAAAAUAUAAUAAAGAUGAAAAACUUGUUAAUACACGUCUUCAAGCUAUUGCAGAUUUUGUAAAUGUCCUAUAUUCACCUUUAAAUAUAUAUGUUUAUUUAACAUAUGUUGAAGUUUGGAAGGAUAAAGAUUUAAUUACUGUUUCUGAAGAAUCAAAUGUUUCAUUACAAAAUUUAGUAGAAUAUAGAGUAAAACUAAUGAAACAUCAACCACAUGAUAAUACACAUUUAAUAACAAAUAAAGUAUUUAAAAAUAGUGUUAUUGGAAAAGCAUAUAAAGGUACAAUGUGUGCUAAUGAUAAUUCUGUAGGUGUUGAUAUGGAUCAUAAUCCUAAUCCUGCUUUUGUUGCUGCUACAGUAGCACAUGAAAUGGGACAUAAUUUUGGUAUGGAACAUGAUGCACCAUAUCCUGAUCCAUGUAAAUGUGCAAGUCCAAUUUGUAUUAUGUAUGUAGCAAGCAACUUAACUCUACCUAAUCAUUGGUCAGAAUGUAGUUUAAGUCAACUUAGUACAUCACUAAGUCGUGGUGUUGAUUAUUGUUUAAUGAAUGUUCCCAAAACUAAAAAAGGUGACUCAAAAUGUGGUAAUGGUAUUGUUGAAGCGGGUGAAGAUUGUGAUUGUGGGAGUACAGUACAUUGUGAUUCAUCAUGUUGUAUUCCAGCAACAUGUAAACUUUCUGAUAAUGCAGAAUGUGCUAGUGGUGAUUGUUGUGAUUUAAAAACAUGUAAACCUAAAAAAAAAGCUAUGAUGUGUCGAUUACCUAAAAGUGAAUGUGAUUUACCAGAAUUUUGUGAUGGUAAUUCACAAUAUUGUCCUGCUGAUUUUUAUAUUCAAGAUGGUGUACAUUGUCCAUUAUCACCUGAUUCGUUCUGUUAUAAUGGUUAUUGUGGAGAUAGAGAUAAACAAUGUGCUAAAUUAUGGGGUGCUGAAAUACAUAAUGGUGUUGAUAUAUGUUAUAAAAAACUUAAUAUUGUGGGAAACGAAUAUGGAAAUUGUGGUUAUAAAAAUGAUACAUUUUUUAAAUGUAAAGAACAAGAUGUUUUUUGUGGUUCAUUACAAUGUGAUAAUCUUAAUAAUCAACCAAUAUUUGGUGAUCCAUAUUCUAUACGUAGUGUAAUGUCAUGGGCAAAAGAAGGUGAUAAAACUACAACAUGUAGAACAUUUAGAACUACGUAUUCAAUAAAUCUUAAAGAUAGAGAUCCUGGUAUGGUUCCUGAUGGUUCUAGAUGUGGUAAUGAUAAAUUCUGUGUAGGAGCACAAUGUAAACAAAAAAGUGAUGUUAUUGCAACUUUACCAUUUUGUGAUCCAAGUGAUUGUAAUAAUUUAGGAAUAUGUAAUAAUGUUGGAAAUUGUCAUUGUAAAUAUGGUUAUGGUGGUACAGGAUGUGAAAUUCCUGGAUAUGGUGGAUCAAUUAAUAGUGGUCCAAUGCAUGAUACAGCUGCUUUUAGACCAUUUUUAUGGGUAAUGUGGUUUUUUAUAUUUACAAUUGCAAUUUUUGGAGGAUUAUCAUAUUAUUAUAAAAAAAAUAAAAACAUUUGUUUACCUAAAAUUGUUUGGAAAAAAUUUAAAAAUGUUUUAAAUAUUCGUGGUAUGCUUGUUCCUGUUAGAAAAGCUCCUGCUCCACCUAAUCGUUUACCUAAACCAAAUGAAAAUAUAAAUGCUGCAUGGGGUACUAAUGAAAAUGAAGUUCAUGCUGGAGAUUUUUUAACAGCAAGAUUUAUUCCUAAACCACCAUCAUUUAAACCUCCAACAUGUAAUUAUACUGAUGGUGGUAGUUAUGUACAAUUAUCGGGACCUAAGAAUUAUUUUACUUGUGAUAGACCAAAAAUCCCACCUCCGAUAGCACCAAAUAAUGAUGUUUGUAAAUUACAAAAUACAUAUAUUAAUGAAAAAAUAGAAGAUAAUACAUCUCAUUCAAAUACUAAUGAUAAAAUUAGUCAUAAACAAAUGAAUAUUCCAUAUAAUAUUAAUAAUGAGUAUGAAAUGAUGCAUUGUAAUGGAAUACAACGUCCAUCACAACCACCACCACCUGUUCCUAAGCACGGUAUUAAACCAAAAAUUGCAAAAAAACCAAUUAUAAAGAAUACAAAUUAUUAUGAAGAUAUUGUAUCAGAUAACCAAAAUAAAGAUAUCAAACAUCAACAAAAUGAUAAUAAUAAUGAUAAUUUAACAGAAUCCUUGCCAAAAAUUAAUGUGAAGGACCUUGCAAAACGUUUCGAUGAAAAGAUAACUAAAUAA